AUGCCCGCCUACUUCUACCAUCUUCGUUUGCAGAUCUCACCCUCUAGCUCUGCAUCAUUGUCGGAGGUACAAUCUGCAUGGGAAGCUCUUCAACCAUUUCAAACUCAGCCUUUGAGGUCCACUGUACCACCAACCGAACACACCCCACCAACCCCAGAAAACGCGCUCGCACAUCACAAGCUCCCCACACGGGAAACCCACACUCCACCUCAAAUCCACAAGAGAGUCGACCCUUAUACUGGCACACCCACACUUACAAACGACAAGCGCUUCGGCGCCAUCACAAUCGAGGCCAUCAACAUGGUUCCCCCGUCUCACGAAUCGACCAAACGCUCGAAACGCUCCGCUGAAGAACCCGAAAAUCUAGUCGCUGCCGGAAUUGGUACGGAUAUUCUAGGUGGAUUACGCACACGGGGCCGCUACAUUCCUCUCGAAGGCGAGGUAGUCGAUAGCGUCUGCGGGAUUGUCCAUCUUUAUCGCGAUACACACGAAACACCCUACUUGAAUGAUGCAGAAUAUCCGGUCCAUUUGAAAGGCUCGGCAGCCGCAGCGCGGCAUCCUGUCGAACGAAAUUUGCCGGCUAGUAGCAAAGGCCUUGCAGCAUACCCAUUUCCCGCACAGAAUCCAGACGAGGAUUGUAAGACGCUAUGCAUCCUCGCUGUUCCAUCUUAUCUGUCACCGCCGGAUUUUCUGGGGUUCAUGGGUGAAAAGACGAUGGAUGAUGUCAGUCAUUUCCGCAUGAUCAGAACUGCACGCGCCAAUCGGUAUAUGGUCCUCAUGAAGUUUCGGAGUGGCAAGCAGGCGACAGACUGGCAGAAAGAGUGGAAUGGAAAGGUUUUCAAUAGCAUGGAACCGGAGACAUGUCACGUUGUAUUUGUGAAGACGGUUGAGAUCCAGGUGGUGUCUGAUGACCCGGCUUUAUCACCUGCUGAGCAUGCACACUUACCUUCACCAAGCCUAUCUACGCCGUCAGGCCAGGCAACUCUCACAGGCAAGCCACUUGCUCCGCCUACACCUGCACUUGUGGAGUUACCUACAUGCCCCGUUUGUCUUGAACGAAUGGAUGAGACAACCGGGCUGCUUACGAUCAUCUGCCAACACGUUUUCCACUGCACGUGUCUUCAAAAGUGGAAAGGAAGCGGCUGUCCUGUGUGCCGGUACACACAAGAUGACUUCCGCAAAAGCAAUGCAGGUUUAAAGCUUGAAGAAGAGGAACAAGAGUGUCACAUCUGCCACACAGAAGAUAACCUCUGGGCAUGUCUUAUCUGCGGUACCAUUGGCUGCGGUCGUUAUGACGGCGCGCAUGCCUUUGAACACUGGAAAGAAACAGCGCACGCAUUCUCUAUGGACCUCACCUCCCAACGUGUCUGGGACUAUGUUGGCGAUGCCUACGUCCACCGCAUCAUUCAAAGUAAAACAGACGGCAAGCUCGUGGAACUACCGGCGGCAGACCACAGUGCUCUUGAUCCGGACUGGAGUGAUGCAGUCCCUCGUGAAAAGUUGGAAAAUAUGAGCGUCGAGUAUACACACCUCCUCACCAGCCAGUUGGAAAGCCAACGCGCCUAUUUCGAGGAAAUAGUAGAGCGAGCAGUGGAUAAAGCAUCAAAGGCCAGUGCCGCUGCAGCUGCGGCUGAGGUGAAUGUGUCCAAUGCGACCACUCGUCUUGCAGAUUUACAAUCCAAGUACGAUACAAUGUCCAUCGAGACAUUACCCUCGCUUGAUCACGAUCGUGCCAGGGCAGAAAAACGGGCAGAGAAGUUUGAGGCUCUGUCCCGUACAUUCGAGAAGAAGUAUCAGGAGGAACGCUCCAUGAAUCAAAACAUGAUGCAGCGGCUGGAUCUGCUUGACAAGGAGGUCCAGGGACUGAAGAGCUCGAAUGCCGACCUGGCAGAGCAGAAUCGUGAUCUUACCUUCUUCAUUAGUGGCUCACAGCGUUUGCAGGGGCAAGGGGAAGAGGUUGAGCAGGGAACACUCAGUGUCCCUGAUCCUCCAAAGAAGAACAAGAAGAAGGGAAAGAAAUAA